UCUUCACCUCUCCGGGGCGCACGAGAGCGAGCGGGCGCGCGUGCAGUGUGCGCGCCCACGCGAGAGAGGAGCACACGGGCCGGCUCAGCAGCAGCAAGAAGGAUGGAGGUCCGACCUGACAGGUUCAAGGCGGUCGCGGCCAAAACUUUGAGCAGAAUUAACAGGUUGAUUGACAAGCAGCAGCCCAAUGGAGAAACCAUCGAGCUGUCAGCGGAGGGCCGCCCUGAGCUGGUGCAGGAGAAGGAGCUGCCCGUGGUGGAUUGUACCUGCUUUGGCUUGCCCAGGCGUUACAUCAUCGCCAUCCUGUCCGGCCUGGGCUUCUGCAUCUCCUUUGGGAUCCGCUGCAAUCUGGGCGUGGCCAUUGUAAGCAUGGUCAACGACCACACGGUCUACAAAGGCAACAAGGAAGUGCUGGUGGCUGCACAGUUCACGUGGGACCCGGAGACGGUGGGCAUGAUCCACGGCUCCUUCUUCUGGGGCUACAUCGUCACACAGAUCCCCGGAGGUUUUAUAUGUCAAAAAUUUGCAGCCAACAGAGUGUUUGGCUUUGCCAUCGUGGCCACGUCCACCCUCAACAUGCUGAUCCCAUCUGCCGCUCGCUGCCAUUACAGCUGCGUCAUACUGGUCAGAAUAUGUCAGGGCCUUGUUGAGGGUGUGUCGUACCCAGCCUGCCACGGGAUUUGGGCCAAGUGGGCUCCUCCACUGGAGAGAAGUCGAUUAGCCACAACGGCCUUUUGCGGCUCGUACGCAGGGGCGGUGGUGGCCAUGCCUUUAGCCGGGAUAUUGGUGCAAUACACGGGGUGGCCUUCUGUAUUCUACGUCUAUGGCAGCUUUGGGAUAUUCUGGUACGUGUUCUGGAUCCUGGUGUCGUACGAGAGCCCCGCUGCCCAUCCCACCAUCUCACCGGAGGAGAGGAAGUACAUUGAAGAUGCAAUCGGGGAGUCUGCGACGUUUCUCAACCCUCUCCAGAAAUUUAAGACGCCAUGGAGGCACUUCUUCACCUCCAUGCCAGUCUACGCCAUCAUUGUGGCCAACUUCUGCAGGAGCUGGACCUUCUACCUGCUGCUCAUCAGCCAGCCCGCCUACUUUGAAGAAGUGUUCGGCUUUGAGAUCAGCAAGGUGGGCUUGGUGUCAGCUUUGCCCCAUCUAGUGAUGACCAUUAUCGUUCCCCUGGGAGGCCAGUUGGCCGACUACCUGCGAACACACAACCUGAUGACCACCACCAACGUCAGGAAGCUCAUGAACUGUGGAGGUUUUGGAAUGGAGGCCACCCUCCUGCUGGUGGUGGGAUAUUCUCACACAAAAGGUGUUGCCAUCUCCUUCCUGGUCCUCGCCGUGGGCUUCAGCGGCUUCGCUAUCUCAGGUUUUAAUGUCAACCACUUGGACAUCGCCCCUCGCUACGCCAGCAUACUGAUGGGCAUCUCAAACGGGGUGGGGACAUUGUCAGGGAUGGUGUGUCCUCUCAUAGUGGGAGCCAUGACUAAACAUAAGACACGUGAGGAGUGGCAGUAUGUCUUCCUUAUAGCUUCUCUGGUUCAUUACGGAGGAGUCAUUUUCUAUGGACUCUUUGCAUCGGGAGAAAAGCAGGCUUGGGCCGACAUCGAGGACACCAGCGAGGAGAAGUGCGGCAUCAUCGACGAGGACGAGCUGGCCAACGAGACGGAGGACCUCUACCGUGGCGGCGGCCAGUACGGCGCCAUGAGCCAACAGGUGGUGGGUAGAAACGGCGGCGGGGCCGGAGGAGGCGGCGCCGGAUGGGUUUCGGACUGGGAUAAAUCAGAGGAGUACGUGCAGCCGCCUGGGUACAACUCGUACGCCAGCCGGGGCGUCGAGGAGAAGGAGCUGACGUAGGAGAGAGACUGAUGGAAAGCGUGUACAAAACGAGAAAAUGAAAGAAUGGAGAACAGGAAGAACUUGCUGUGUGCUUUUGUACAAGAACAAAAGCAUUUUUCUGUGUGGACGUGUGUGUGUGUGUGUGUGUGUGUGUGUGUGUGCAUGUGUGGAUGUCUGUGUUAGAUGAUACAUUUAUUUAGACGUCCUCCAUGAUGCUUGGCUGUGAUUGGUCCAUUUCAAUGACAUCACAGAGGAGGAAGUACAGCAAAGCAUUUCCCUUACUUUACAUUGAAUUGGAUUUCAAAUUCAAUGUUAAAGCUGCACUAACGUUUUUUUUUCAAUGAAUGCGCCGUUUUUGUUCAUUAAAGUUAUUAAAUGCAAAAAUGUCAUGAUGACAUCCCCCGCAAAUGAUGCCAAGGUGUUUAUUUGUGGUAUUAUGAAAGGCCUCCUCUCUUAUUAUGUGUGCGUAUCUAACACAUGUGGUGUCUCCAUGACGCUCACCUGAGUCUGACCUAACUAGGUCAUACCCAUCUAGGCUCAUGGGUCACAAGGCACGCAUCCCGAGUAGAUCAUCCGACACUCUGGACAUUGAGCUGGGAUGUCAGGUAGAGAAAGGUCAAAACAUGGCAUGUGCGUGUGAGUCUGUUUCCUUUUUCUGCCAGUGCAAAUUUUUCUAGUACUUAAAAAGGCAGCCACAUUUGAAACGGGUGUGUGAGGUUGUCUCUAUGUGUGUGUGUGUGUGUGUGCGUGCGUGCGUGUGUGUGUGUGUGUGUGUGUGAUAGUGCUGUUGUGUUGGUUGGGUACAGGUGCUGAAACAUUUUGCAGUGAGCAUGUUAUAAUGAGCACGGUAGUGCACCCCCUCAUCCCGA